AUGGGCUUAGUCGAAGAGGGGUUGGACCAUGCGUCGACCAAGUCCAUCUUCGUCUUCAUCGGCGUCACCUUCGUGCUAUGGAGGAUCUACCUCAAAGUCGACGAGCUGACGCGGUUGCGCCGGCUCGGCGCACGAGGUCCGCGGAUCAAGAGCAGAGUCCCGUUCGGCUUCGACAUCAUCAUGAAGCAGGUGAACGCGACCAUGAAGCACAAGAACUACGACAUGUUCCUGCACCUGAUGGAGGGCGUGCCGGACUGGACGGGCGAGGGCCGUGUGCUGGGCCGGCGCAUCGUCUUCACGGCCGACCCGGAGAAUAUCAAGGCCGUCCUGGCGACGCAGUUCCACGAUUACGGCAAGGGCGCGCCCUUCCACCGCGAGUGGAGCGAGUUCCUCGGCGACAGCAUUUUUACUACUGACGGCCCGGCGUGGCACGCCAGCCGCCAGCUGCUGCGCCCGCAGUUCUCGCGCGAGCGCAUCAGCGACCUCGACUGCUUCGAGUCCCACCUCGAGACUCUGUUCAAGGCCAUCGCGAACGGCGGCGCGCUGAACGGGCCCGGUCAGGAGGUCGAUAUGGCGGCUGGGAACGGCAAGCCCCUGGAACUGAGUGAUCUUUUCUUCAGGUAUACUCUCGACGUCUCGACGAGCUUCUUAUUGGGCAAGGAUGUACAAUGCCUCACCAACCCCCGGGAGCCGUUCGCAGAGGCCUUCAACGAGGUGCAAAGAGUGCAGAACAUCCGCGCCCGCGCUGGGCCACUCCAGGGCUUCGUGCCCCUGAAGUCGUUCCGACGGGGCCUCAAAGUCGUCAACGAGCUGUGCGACAUCUACAUCGACAAGGCGCUGCGGCUUAGCCCGGAAGAGCUGGCCUCGCGGACCAAGUCGGACCACGACUACACUUUCCUUCACGAACUCGCGUCCUUCACGCGCGACCGCAAAGUUCUCCGUGACCAGCUCGUCGCCGUCCUGCUCGCGGGCCGCGACACCACAGCCGCCACACUCUCAUGGACCUUCUACGAGCUAGGCCGCCACCCAGCCGUCGUCGCGAAGCUGCGCGCCGAGAUCCUCGCGGCCGUCGGCCCGCACCGCACGCCCACGUACGCCGACCUGAAGGGUAUGAGGUACCUGCAGCACGUCAUGAACGAAACCCUCCGCCUGUACCCGAUCGUGCCGUUCAACGUCCGCCUCGCGCUGAAGGACACGACUCUCCCGCGCGGCGGCGGGCCCGACGGCCGCGACCCGCUGCCCGUGCUCAAGGACACGCCGAUCGGGUACUCGGCACUCGUGAUGCAGCGGCGCGCGGACCUGUACCCGCCAGUAUCCCCUCCAACCUCAACCUCACCCGGCUUCGCCGACCCGCUGACCUACAGCCCGGACCGCUGGGCCGGGUGGCAGCCGAAACCCUGGCAGUACAUCCCGUUCAACGGCGGGCCGCGCAUCUGCAUCGGCCAGCAGUUCGCCCUGACCGAGAUGGGCUACGUGCUGACGCGCAUGCUGCAGCGCUUCGACCGCGUUGAGAGCUUCAUGCACGAGGUUGAUGGCGGGAACCCCACGCUCAAGGCGGAGAUUGUCAUCCAGCCUGGGGACGGCGUGCGGGUUGCGCUGUGGGAGGCGGAAAAGUAA